AUGCAAUUUUCAAAACUUAUUUUAUCCGCGUCCAUUUUAGCCGCCAGUACUAACGCCGCUCCUGCUCAUAAUCAUGGUAAACAUGAACAUGGUAAACAAGAUAAAAGAGAUAUCGUCACUAUCACCGAAGUCGUCGAUGUUAAUGGUAAUGUCAUCAAUAAUUUAGGGCAACUAAAGGCUACCACUACUCUAGUUGGUAAUUCUAAUGUUGUUCAGAAUGUCGUUGUUUCUGCCACUACCGCUACAACUGCCGUCGCCGCUGUUUCCACUUCUGGAUCCUCUUCAUCUUCAUCCUCAUCUUCUUCUAUUGAUGGUGACUUGUCUGAUUUUUCUGCUCCAUCCAAAAAAUUCGUCGAUGGUACCAUCAAAUGUUCAGAUUUCCCAUCUGGUCAAGGUGUCAUUCCAGUAAGUUGGAUUGGUAUGAACGGUUGGACUUCAAUCUUAAACUCUAAUGGUGAUACCAGUAGCGAAUGUACCGAUGGUUUCUACUGUUCGUACGCUUGUCAAGCUGGUAUGUCCAAGACUCAAUGGCCAUCAGAACAACCAAGUAAUGGUGCCUCCAUCGGUGGUCUGUACUGCAAGGAUGGUUAUCUAUACAGAUCCAACACCGACACAGACUACUUAUGUGAAUGGGGACAACAAUCUGCUUCUGCUGUAAACCAAUUAUCUUCUGAGUCUAUUUCUCUAUGUAGAACUGACUACCCAGGUUCUGAAAACAUGGACAUCCCAACUCUAGUCGGUGCUGGCUCUUCUAAACCUAUUUCUGUCGUCAACCAAGACUCAUACUACACCUGGCAAGGUAAGAAGACCUCCACUCAAUACUACGUCAACAACGCUGGUGUCUCUGUCGAAGACGGUUGUAUCUGGGGUAGUGAAGGUUCUGGUGUCGGUAACUGGGCUCCAGUUGUCUUAGGUGCUGGUUACACUGACGGUAUUACUUACUUAUCCAUAAUCCCAAACCCAAACAACAGCGAAACUCCAAACUUUAACCUUAAAAUCGUUGCUACGGACGGUUCCACCGUUAAUGGUGACUGUAAGUACGAAAACGGUGUUUACACCGGUGGUUCUACUGAUGGUUGUACCGUUUCUGUCACCAGCGGUUCCGCUGAAUUCGUUUUCUAUUAG